GCGGGCCGAGGCGACCCCGGGAACCCCAGAAGGAGGGCAAUGGAGCCAGUGACCUUUGAGGAUGUGGCUGUGAACUUCACCCUGGAGGAGUGGGCUCUGCUGGUUCCUUCCCAGAAGAAGCUCUUCAGAGAUGUGAUGCAGGAAACCUUCUGGAACCUGACCACUAUAGGAAAACAAUGGAAAAAUCAGGCCAUCGAUGAUCACUACAAUUCCAAGGGAAAUCUAAGAAGUCAAGUGUUAGAGAGACUCUGUGAACAGAAAGAAGAUAGUCAAUGUGGAAAAAUCAUCAGCCAGAUCAUAAAUCCUCACAUAAACAAGAGAAGUUCUUCUGGAGUAAAACCUAGUGAACACCAUGUGUGUGGAGAUGUCCUCAAUGCUGAUCCAUCCCUAGCUGUGCCCCUGACAGCUCACACUGGACACAAAGCACAAGAAUAUCUGGAACAUGGAAAGAAGCCAUAUAAAUAUAAGGAACAUGGGAAAGCCUUACAUGAUCCCCAUCGUUUUCAGAAGCAUGAAAGAACUCACACAGGAGAGAAACCCCAUGUGUGUAAGCACUGUGGAAAAGCCUUUAGUUCUACCAGCUACAUUAAAAUCCAUGAACGAAUUCACAAUGGAGAGAAACCUUAUAUAUGUAAACAAUGUGGAAAAUCCUUUACUUUUAUCGGUUCUCUUCGUACGCACAAACAAAUUCACAGUGAAAAGAAACCUUAUAUAUGUAAGCAAUGUGGAAAAGGCUUUAGAACUUUCUUUUUCUUUAAAAUCCAUGAACGAAUUCACAGUGGAGAGAAACUGUAUGUGUGUAAGCAAUGUGGAAAAAGCUUUGGUUCCUCUAGUGACAUGAAAAGACAUGAACAGAUUCACAGUGGCAAGAAACCCCAUGUGUGUAAGCACUGUGGAAAAGCCUUUAGUUCUUCAAGCUACAUUAAAAUCCAUGAACGAAUUCACAGUGGAGAGAAACCUUAUAACUGCAAACAAUGUGGGAAAUCCUUUACUUUUCUCAAUUCUCUUCAAAUUCACAAACAAAUUCACAGUGGAAAGAAAUCCUAUGUAUGUAAGCAAUGUGGGAAAGGCUUUAGUACUUCCUUUUUCUUUAAAAUCCAUGAACGAAUUCACAGUGGAGAGAAACCCUAUGCAUGUAAGCAGUGUGGAAAGGCCUUUAUUUCUUCCAGGUACCUCAAAAGACAUGAACAAAUUCAUAGUGCAGUGAAGCCCUAUGCAUGUAAACAAUGUGGGAAAGCUUUCAGUCGUUCUGAUUCACUCAGAAUACAUGAAAAAAAACAUACUGGAGAAAAGCUCUAUGUAUGUAAACAAUGUGGAAAAGGCUUUAGUACUUCCAGCCACCUGAAAACACAUGAACAAAUUCACAAUGAAGAGAAACCCUAUACAUGUAAUGAAUGUGGGAAAGCGUUCAGUCAUUCUUAUUUAGUCAAAAGACAUGAAAUAAUGCACACUGGAGAGAAACCCUAGGUGUGUAAGCAAUGUGGAAAAGGCUUUAGUUCUUCUAGCCACAUGAAAACAUGAACGAAUUCAUAGUGGACAGAAACCUUAUAAAUGUAAACAGUGUGGGAAAUCCUUUCCUUUUCUCAGUUCCCUUCAAAUUCAUGAGCAAAUUCACAGUGGAAAGAAACCCUAUAUAUGUAGGCAAUGUGGAACAGGCUUUAAUUCUUCCAGCCACAUGAAAAAACAUGAACGAAUUCAUAGUGGUGAGAAACCUUAUGUGUGUAAGCAGUGUGGAAAAGGCUUUAGUUCUAGUUACAUAAAGACCCAUGAGCAAAUUCACAGUGGAGAGAAACCCUAUAUAUGUAAACAAUGUGGGAAAUCCUUCACUUUUGUCAGUGCCCUUCGAAUGCAUGAACAAAUGCAUAGUGGAAAGAAACCCUACAUAUGUAAGCAAUGUGGAAAAGCCUUUAGUUCUUCCUAUUACAUUAAAAUCCAUGAACAAAUUCACAGUGGAGAGAAACCAUAUACAUGUAAACAGUGUGGGAAAGUGUUUCAUUUCCCCCAAAUCCCUUCAAAUGCAUGAAAUAACACACAAUGGGGAGAAACCCUAUGUAUGUAAGCAAUGUGGAAAGGGCUUUAGUUCUUCCAGCUCCUGUAGAAAGCAUGAACGAA